AUGAGUGUCAGAGAUGGCGAUGCCGCCGUAGCAUCGAGUGUAGGUGGGGUAAGGAGGGGAGCAGGUCUACUAACGAGCACGAACGAUAACAACGGACGCUCAUACCUGCUCCAGAUCUAUCCACGGCUCGCUGCUGAGUCAUCCACCUGCUGCAAUCUGAGAGUGAAGAAGGAUGCCACCGCAGCUUCUGUGAUCUCUGAUGCUGCCAAGGCACUGGGGCUGGACCCUGGCGGCCUGUAUGUACUGGCAGAGGUUAAGGAAUCUGGCGGGGAAGAGUGGGUGCUGGAGGCUGGAGAUCUUCCGGUGCAAAGGUUCUUGCUGUGGCCUCGGAAAGCCCAGGAGCAGCACCCGCGGAGCCUUGGUUUUUACUUCUUACUCCAGGAAAGAAACAACGACGGCUCUAUUCAUUAUGUCCACCUCCCACCCCUGUCCAAAGAGCAGGAGGCACAACAACUAGCUGCCAGGGGUUUCCUUCCGCCUCCUCAGGAUGACUUUGCGGAUCUCUGCAACCUCCCCAAACUCAAUGAAGACAGUAUCCUAAACAACCUGCGCACACGCUUCUACAAUAAAAAGAUCUACACCUACGCAGGCAGUAUACUCAUUGCCAUCAACCCAUUCAAAUUUUUGCCAAUCUACAACCCAAAGUAUGUCAAACUGUACGAAAACCACCAGUUGGGCAAACUGGAGCCACACAUCUUUGCUAUUGCGGACGUGGCUUAUUAUGCCAUGCUAAGGAAGAAGGUCAACCAGUGUAUUGUCAUCUCUGGAGAGAGCGGCUCAGGCAAGACACAAAGUACCAACUUUCUCAUCCAUUGUCUGACCGCACUCAGCCAGAAGGGUUAUGCUAGCGGUGUGGAGAGGACUAUACUUGGUGCAGGACCAGUCUUGGAGGCCUUUGGAAAUGCAAAGACAGCCCACAAUAACAACUCCAGCCGUUUUGGUAAAUUCAUCCAGGUCAAUUACCUUGAGACCGGAGUGGUAAGAGGUGCUGUGGUGGAGAAAUAUCUCUUGGAGAAGUCUCGUCUGGUCUCCAGAGAGAAGAACGAGAGGAACUAUCAUGUGUUUUACUACCUGUUGUUGGGAGCUUCUGCGGAGGAAAGGAAAGAAUUUAAGUUGUUGCCACCUGAAGACUACUUCUACCUUGAGCAGCAAAACUUUAAGAUAGAAGAUGAAGAGGACCUGCAUCAUGACUUUGAAAGACUACAGCAGGCCAUGGAGAUGGUUGGCUUCCUUCCUGCUACCAAGAAACAGAUUUUUUCUGUGCUUUCGGCCAUUUUGUAUCUUGGCAACGUGACCUACCAGAAGAAGUCAACAGGUCGAGAUGAGGGCUUAGAGGUGGGGCCACCAGAGGUCCUGGCCACUCUGUCUGACCUGUUGAAGGUGAAAGAGGAGCUGCUCGUCGAGGCGCUGACGAAGAGGAAAACGGUGACAGUCAAUGACAAGUUGAUCCUGCCCUAUAGCCACUCUGAGGCAAUCACAGCCAGAGAUUCAAUGGCAAAAUCUUUAUACAGCGCCUUAUUUGACUGGAUUGUCCUACGCAUUAAUCAUGCACUUCUUAACAAGAGAGACAUGGAAGAAUCGGUCCCACGCUUGUCAAUCGGUGUCCUGGACAUAUUUGGCUUUGAGGAUUUUGAGACCAACAGCUUUGAACAAUUUUGCAUCAACUAUGCAAAUGAGCAGCUACAGUAUUAUUUCAAUCAUCACAUAUUCAAUCUGGAGCAGGAGGAGUACCAAGCAGAGGGAAUCACUUGGCACAACAUUGACUACAUAGACAAUGUGGGCUGCAUCAAUCUCAUCAGCAAGAAGCCCACUGGCCUGCUUUACCUGCUGGAUGAGGAGAGCAACUUCCCUCAUGCCACGGAUGAGACCCUAUUAGCCAAAUUCAAGCAGCAGCAUCAGGGAAAUAAUUACUUUAUGUCCCCACCAAUCAUGGAGCCUGCUUUUGUCAUUCAACAUUUUGCUGGCAAAGUUAAAUAUCAAAUCAAGGAUUUCCGGGAAAAAAACACAGAUCAUAUGCGUCCGGACAUUGUGGCGUUAUUGCGGAGCAGUGACCGAGCGUACGUGCGUCAGCUCAUUGGCAUGGACCCUGUGGCCAUGUUUCGAUGGGGCAUCUUGCGUGCCACUAUCAGAGGCAUGGCUGCCUUUAACGAGGCCGGUCGUUCAUGGGCGGCCAAGACUGCAGGUGUUGUACGUCCAAUCUCCAGAACUCCUUUGGGAGAGAUUCAACGGGCCAAUGCUCCCAUAGAGCGACUUUACAAAAGAGCGUCUAUGCUCGAUUUCUACUUUGAUCUCUCAGAGGAGCGCCCUCUUGAGGCCUUUGAAGACAUCUUUGCUAGCUAUGAAAGUAAAAAAGACAUGCAUGCGCAGAUCAUCAGCUCCAUUAAGAACUUGCAGCUGGAUGGUGAGGACCCUCGCAAGUUGCUGCAGUCCUGGGGUCGUCUCCGCUUCCCUCGACAUGUCCUCCAGAAAAACAAGGGAACUAAACAGAAGCAGAUUAUCCCCAAGAACCUGUUGGAUUCUCGGUCCCUGAAAUUCAUUGUAAGCCUGACUCUACACGACCGGACCACCAAGUCGCUUCUCCAUCUGCACAAAAAGAAGAAGCCCCCAAGCAUCAGCGCCCAGUUCCAGACAUCGUUGACCAAACUCUUGGUAACUCUGAACAGAGCGGAGCCCUUCUUUAUUCGCUGUAUCCGAUCCAAUGCACAGAAGAAAGAGAUGUAUCUAGAUGAGGCCUUGGUUAUCCAGCAGCUCCGUUACACUGGGAUGCUGGAAACUGUUCGAAUUAGGAGGUCUGGCUAUGGAGCCAAAUACACAUUCCAGGAAUUCCUAGAGCAAUUCAGGGUUUUGUUACCAAAGGACUCCAUUGCUUCUAAUGAAGACAUUUCUGCUUUACUGAAUAAGAAGAUGUGCUUGGAUCCCACCACAUACCAGAUAGGCAAAACUAAGGUGUUUUUAAAAGAACUGGAGCGGCAACAACUGCAGGACACAUUGCACAAGGAUGUGAUGCGCAAAAUCAUCUUUCUGCAGCGCUGGUUCAGAGCUCGCCUACAGAGGAAAGAGUUUUUGGACAUGAGACAAUCAGCUGUCGUGAUUCAACGUUCAUGGCGCAGGUACUGCAAAGAAGAACAAAAGCGACGGGCUGCCAUUCUAAUCCAGGCUGUCUGGAAAGGCCACCGGCAAAGAUCAGCAUAUUGUCGCAAAAGACAAGGUGCCACAAAAAUACAAGCCCUGGUCAGAGGGCACUCGGCACGAAGGAGAUGCCACUCCCUGCGUGAGGAUCGACGCAGAAAGGAGGAAGAAAUAAAGAAAGCAGAAGAGGAAAGGAGGCGCCGGGAGGAAGAGGAGGAAAGGAGGGGACAGGAAGAAGAGGAAAUGAGGCUAAGAAUGGAGGCAGAGGAAAGAAGGAAAGCUGAAGAGGAGGAAAAAAGGAGGAGAAGAGAGGAGGAGGCAACCAUGAAAGCUAAAGCUGCGUUGGAAGCUACUGAGCUCAAACAAAGGGAGCAGGCAGAGAGGAAACCACCAAAGGAGCCCCAAACAAGAGAUGAUCCAGAUAUAGAACUGGUCACAGAGGAGAAGUUGUAUGACAGCCUGCCAGACCAGGAGCAAGGAGAGCACAAAGGGAAAGUUAUGUCAAUCUCCCACAAAGAGGAGGGACAGGGUAAGGAUGAGGAUGAAUCAGUGCUACUCCAAGCGCUACAAAGAGAGGAUGUACAACGACCUCUCAUGUCUAGUUUAGAGACCAAUGGUACUCUGGCUGAGGCUGGUUCUCAGCGAGAUGAAAAGGAAAAUGAUCCAAAACAUGGAUUGUUGUGUAUUGGGGACUCCUCCAAUGUUCUUGCACCUCCCACUUCUGGUUUGGAAAAGGCUUCCAGUACUACUUCUUCCUAUUCAGAACAUAAAUUAGUCCGUCCUUCAGCUAAGACUCAGGGAUCUAAAAGUCAGGAGAAGAGAGAGCAGAGGAGGCGGCGGGGGUUGGAGCACAACCAGAGAGAGACUUUACGAGCUGCCUCCAGCUCGUCCUCAGUGACAAGCAUGGCGCAAGGUUCUCCUCCAAAGGGCAAAACAUCUGAGACCUCAAAGCAAAGAGAGCGGGCCGACAACAAGGAGCUUGAUCAGUAUACCUUUGUUGCCUGGAAGAUGAAGGAAGAGAAAGGAGGAAAAAAGGAGCCCAAAUAUUCUUCGCAAUCCGGUGGGAUUGCUGUUCGUCCAACUACGUUGUCACUGCAACUGGCUGACUCUGUUCAUGAAAAAAAUCUGGUUGAUGGUGGAGCUUUGAGCCAGCACCGCAGCCAUGGAUCAAUCAAAGAUGAUCUGGAAAAGGGGAAGGGAAAACAAACUGGUGGAGACCAAGCUCCUUUAACUCACAACAGGGAGGAGAGAAGUCAAACACCCUCCUCCUCAAUUGACAGUCUUUCUCCAAGUUCUGAGGGUGCAGGUGCGCUCUUAACUAGAGAGAUGAUUUUGUCCCCUGAGAGCUACAAAGGAAGUUCCAUCAGGAGGAGAAACCAGGAAGACUCAACCACGCCAUCCACGCCAGACAGGUCAGGGGGUUUCUUUAGCAAGAUUUUGAAAAAGCGACCACACAAGGAGGCACACACUCCGGACAAUGGAGACUUGACACUUGCACAGGUUCUCAACGAAAAGCCACCAGCUGGAGAAGCAUCUGGACACUUGGCGAGACAUUUAUCACAGUCCCAAGGAGAACGUACCACGAAAAGUUUGGGACGUAAUCCAACCAUAAAGAUUAGCCGUGCCACACGUGUCUCUGAGCAGUGGAACACGUCCCUGGAUCGUGAGAUCACCAAUGCCAAUGAGUUGCGGCACCUUGAUGAGUUUCUGGGAAACCAGGUCAAUGAUUUCCGCUCAAGGGGAAAAUCACUGUCAGACACAGAGGGCAUCUUUGUAACGGCCACCAUGCAGUUCAGAGAGACAAUUAAGGCGAUGUAUUCUCUUCCUAAGCCAACAAUAGGCUACAAAGGUCUGAUGACAGGCUACCAGAACAAAGUGAUCCACCUGGCGGGUGACAAACAAAAAGGAGAAGUCCAGCUUGUGGUCAACCUGUUUCAGUCGGUGCUAGACGGCUUCAUUAGAGGAGAGAUGAAGAAAGAGGAAGCCGAGCCUGCCAAGCCCACGAAAGCAAGGAAAAAGCGACGGAAAAAAGAUAAAAGUAUGGAAAGCCACUUGGAUCACAUGUUCAUCAACUAUCAGGUUAACAUUAUGCAGUCAUGUGACCAGUGUACUUCUUACAUCUGGGGGAUGGAGAAAGCCUACAUGUGUAGCUAUUGUAAGAUGGUAUGCCACAAAAAGUGCCUGAGCAAAAUAACUACAGACUGUGCCACUUUCUGUGCCAAAAAGAGUGACGAGGAGUUUGGCGAUCAGCACUUUGGUGUGCACGUGUGCCACCUAGUGAGUGAGAAGAACCCUGUGCCCAUGGUCCUGGAGAUGAUGCUGGAGCACGUGGAGAUGCAGGGCCUCUACACCGAGGGCAUCUACCGAAAGUCUGGCUCAGCCAAUCGCAUGAAAGAACUGCACCAGCGACUGGAGAAUGACCCUCACCUAGUGUGCCUUGAAGAUUACCCAAUCCACACAGUUACAGGCUUGGUAAAACAGUGGCUCAGAGAGCUGCCAGACCCUCUCAUGACCUUCACACAUUAUAAUGAGUUCCUGCAUGCAGUAGAGCUUCCAGAUAAGCAGGAGCAACUUUAUGCCAUUUACAAAGUGCUGGAGGAGCUUCCAACAGCUAACUUCAACACACUGGAGAGGCUUGUCUUUCACCUCGUCAGGGUUUGUAAAGAGGAGACUAGCAACCGCAUGUCUCCUAACUCUUUGGCCAUUGUAUUUGCUCCAUGCAUACUGCGCUGUCCAGAUGGUGCUGACCCACUUCUAAGCAUGAAAGAUGUUGCCAAGACUACCACAUGUGUGGAGAUGCUGAUCAGUGAGCAGAUCAGACGAUACAAUGAAAAGAUGGAAGAAAUUGAGCAGCUGGAAUACGCAGAGGCUCUGGCUGUCAACCAGCUCAAACUCAAGAGACAGAAUACGCACUACUGGCAUUUACCUCUCAGGUUCUCAGCUCCUUACAAAGGAGUGGUGGUUCAUGAGAAGGUCAGUUCAGAUCUCAAAGCUGUUCCUGAGAACGAGCCACUGGACUCUGACUCGGAGGCUGAGAAGAACUUGGUUGAACGGAUAAAGUCCAUCAAACAGGAAAAGGAGGAUCUGGCCUGCCGAUUACCAGAGAUGGAGCAGCCCGGUUCAGACCAAGAGAACCUUGACUCUGAAGCGUCACUGAGCUCUGAAAGCCUCUUGGACGAGCAGCAGCGUUCUUUUGCUCAUAACUCUGAGCACGACGUUGGCUUUGGCCCUCAGCAGAGGAGAUGCAGGCCAGUGCAGAGACAAUCAUUUGGAUGUGCAUCUCUGCGAGAAAUCUCCCCUAGUGGCUCGUAUUCCUCUGUCUCCAGCUCAACCUCUACAAUGUCAGAACUCUCUAACGCUAGCUACAAACGCCCGUUACAACGCCGCAACCCUGUCAUCCCGGACACGGUUAAACUGCCUCCGGGUAUCCUCGACCAGCCAGUGAGCUCAGGUCCAAGGCGGGCCUCCUGCUCUCAUGGAAAGCGUGCUUUUCAAUGGUUGAGAAGAAAGGAGCAUCUGGGCCGUCGCAAAGACAGCACCCAGUCCCUCUACGUUGACUCCUCCGAGCAUGACCUGUAUACCCAUUUCGCAUCCUGCCCUUCUUUCCCUUCCUCUUCCUCCUCAUCCAUCUCCUCCGCAGCAGCGUGUCCUCCCUGCCAGUGCAAAGAGAGGCUAGCUUCGGAGGACUGUAGACGCUUUUCUGAUCCAAACAUACCUUACAUGGACGAUGAUGUCUGA